GCCAAGUCUGGCAGCGCAGUUUCUCAAUUGUAAAAAUUGCGACGAAAAACUAAGAAUUAAGCAUGGGAGCUAAUAAAAGGCCACGCAAGCCGCGGAAAAUCGAAAAGGAUUAUACACCCAACGACAUCAAAUUGCUGAUAAAACUUGUGGAGCCGCGUACGAUUUUGUGGGAUCCAAAUCACAUCGAUUACAAGGAUCGCAAAUUGCGCGAAAGUGAAUUUCAGAUCAUUGCCGAUGAAAUGGACCGCACCGUGGACGAUUGCAAGGCCAAAUGGGAAAAUCUACGUGCCCAAUAUCGAGGCUGUCACGUGAGGGAAGUUCGAAAUAGUGCCGUUAAAUGGAAAUACUUUGAAUGCAUGAACUUCUUGCGCUCAGUGUACAGGGGAAAUAACAAAGUUAAAUCAAACUCGCUGAAACCCGAUUUAGCUGCGAGACCUGAUCCAAUAUUUAUCGAGACGCCGCUUUCACAGAGUGCACAUUUUAUAGAUGAUUUGGAGACGAGUUCCACUUCAUUUUCAUCGCUGAAAUCGACACGGACAACGGUGAAGGACGAGGAACGCGAGUCGUCAGUUUUGGCCAAAUCAGAUAUGUCGCUUCGGGCGAGGGCUGCUCAAGAACAAACUCAUAAUUCUGCACAAAUCUUUGGUGAUUUUGUCGCUGAUCAAAUGCGCCAGAUAAAACCACAUUUGGCUGCUGAUCUAAAAACUAGCAUUCUCAAACUGAUCGUCGAGUCACUCGAAAAAAAUAAAUAAAUCUAAGCUGUAUUUAGAUUUAAGCCAGUAGCUGAUAAGUUUUUAAUUAUUAAAAAUUCAUGUUAUUCCAUUUCGAA